CGAUUUACUCGGCGCGGGCACAGAUCACUAGUGCGCCGUGUUUCCAUCUGAAGUAACGUAUCAAAACAUAGUGUAAGAUGAGAUUAACGUUGAUUUUUCUAUUAACUAUAGCAGUGUGUCGUGCUGAUGACAUAACACACGCGGCGGGGCAAAUAUUCAACAGUAUCCUACCAAAUCUUAUUUCCAAUUCAGUGACAGGACAGCAAGGAAACACAGGCUCUAACACUCUACAGCAAAUCGGUACAGUAGUGGGCGGUGUUGUUGAUUAUGCAAAGAAGAAGAGUUACGAAGACUUGUUGAAACAAGUGCAAGACUCCACCACCGACGAUGACCUGCUCCGAGUUGGUGAGGAGAUGUUCAACUCGGACGUCAAUAACGCGAUCAACUACAUUGAAGUUAAUGUGCAAGGCAAAACUAGUGCCAUGUCCAAGAAUGACCAGGCGCAAAAUAAUCUCUUGAACGUACCAGACAACGUGUGGAAUGGACCAACAAUCAGACCUUUUGUGGCACUAUUUGACAAUUACCACAAAAAUGUGAUCAGACCCGAAUUCGUCACACCUAAUGAAGAAUCGGAGCAGACUACCUUCAUAAAUACUAUACUAGCCACAGGCCCUAUUAGGAGUCUCAUGGCCCACUUAGUUAAUAAAGGUCUGACACAGUUGAACGAAUACAACGAACAAGUGGAGCUGUUCAGGAAAAUCUGGUUCACCAAGUACGCCCGCCACUGGACCGGUGUAUGCAAGUGCAGCUGUGCCUUCGAGAACGUAUUUAUGGCUGAAUUAAAGUCUGAUCAAGUGCUGGGUCUACAUAGCUGGCUGUUCUUCGCUAAACGUGAGUUAGACCACAAAGCAAACUACCUUGGAUAUAUAGACAAGCUUGAUCUCGCUGGCAAAGGGUUGAUAUUAAAACAACACUCGAUCCUAAGUGAAACUAAGGAUGCCCCAGAGGUGAACAUGUUCGUUGGCACCUCACCGGAGCUGGAGACGGCGUUGUACACACUAUGCUUCAUGGCACGACCUGACCGCCCAUGCAAAUUACGUUACAAUAAUAUCAACUUCAUCAUACAAACCAAGACUAUCAGGGCGGACAACGUUCCGUUGAUUGAUACAGCAUAUCCAGUGUUUGGUUAAUGUUUAAUGUAUUGAUUCAAUGAUGUUGAAGUUUAUGGAGUAACUGUGUUAGGAUAAAAUAGAAUAUUCUAGAAUUUAUUUCUUUUCUUAUUAAAUUGCUUAGGAUAUCUACUGCUUUACGAAUGAAACAAUUCACUAAGCGGUUUAGCACAUUAUUCAUCAUCCUUACCCAUAAUAAAGCUGGUAUAAGUUUUAUAUUUGUUUUGUAACAAAGUUUACUUAAUGUAAAAAUAGAAAUAUUGGACAUAAAAAGUUAUAGAUAUCUUGUUUUAUUAAAUUUAAAUAAUAGGUCAAUCAAUUUACAGGGGCUACAGCAUAAUUUAAGUAAUUAACAUUUACUAUUAUGAAAA